AGUAAGAAUGUUGGAAACCAGCAAGAUAUCAGUAUUAGCGUGCAUAGUAAUUUUUAUGCAGUUGACACAGGCGAAUUCUCCAUCAGAUUUAAAACAAUGUGCCUUCAAUGAUUCAACGUGUACUACAAAUUUUGCAAAAUUGUUGUUGAAAAAUAAAUCGAAAACCGGUUGGCCCGAAUUAAAAUUAAUUCCCUUCGAUCCUAUGCGCAUUAAUUCGCUGAUAUUGCAGCCAAAUCCAAAUAGCCCCAUAAGUAUUGGGUUGAAAUUUAAAAACAUCGAAAUACUUGGUUUAAUGAAUACUCAAAAUGUUAGAGUUGAAGGCUUCACUAGUGAUGUCAAAGAUCCUAUUUUGUUGGAAGGCACAUUGCCACAGGCAAUCAUUCGAGGUCCUUACGAAGGCUCCGGUACAGUUUUGGGCUUGCCUUUCAAAGGCAAAGGCGACUGUGAGAUAGUAUUAACAAAUCUUAAACUAACUGGCCAUCUUCAUGGCAAAUUAAUAAAUGGAUAUUUAUCCAUUGAUGAUGUAUCGUUAACAAUGUCACUACCGGACAAAGUACAUUUCAAAUUUGGCGGACUGUUUGAUGGUAAUAAAGAUUUGGGCGAUACAGCUAAUGCAUUCGUCAAUGAUAACUGGCGUGAAAUAUUUGAAUCUAUGAAGGAUGAUAUGGCACUAGCUUUUGCAAAGAUUGUCAAAGAGAUCACAAAAACUGCUCUUGGUUCGGUGCAAUAUAAAGAAUUAUUCAAGGAGCAAUAAAAAUAUAUGUAUGUUCAUUUGUGAUAUGUGAAAUACUAAGUAUUAGUUGUUGAU